AUGCGCUCCAGCCAUCGGAGGUGUGAAGAAAUCCCAUUGUUUCGGGGCAAAAGCCGUGGCUUUGGGAUAAAUCGGAAAGAUUUCAAGAUUGAUCUUCUGGCUCUAGAAAAGUGUUGUUGUAGCCCUCCAGAGGCAACCGAGGCUUAUCUUAUGGGUCUCUUCAAAGACACAAAUCUUUUUACUAUUCAUGCUAUGAUGGUUACAAUCAUGCCUAAGGAUAUUCGAUUGGUUGGAAGGAUUAGGAGUGAAAGUGGCCUAAAUGAUAAUGGGUUUGCUUGUACUCGUCCGGGUAGAUUAAGAUCUUUAUGUUUUUAG